UCGCCCGAACUGUCCCGAAUUCUUUUUUCUUCAACGUAUAUUGCAGUGUCGCAGAAGAGGAGCUUGCGAUCAUUUCUAAUGGGCACGCAAAACUAUGCUAGUUCUUGUAUUUCACUUCACUUUUGAGCUAGCUUUACAUAGCAUAAAAAUCUGAUAUAAAUCUUAUUCUCCCUUUUUAUAAGGAUGCCGAACAUCCAAAAACUUGCGUUACCAAUGUGGACAUCUCUAAAUAUAAAUUCAGUUCAGUCAGCCUUUAGUAAAUGGCAGAAUCUUCAAACGUUGAUUAUUCACCCAUUUAUAUCAAUGACGGUACGUGAAGUCUCCAGCGUUGAGUUUCAAGCCAUCGGAGAAAACUGUAGAAAUCUUACAACCAUAAAAUUUACUACUAUGUUGAGCAAAGACCUUGCCAAUAUAAUUGUAUGCAAUUUUCCGAGCCUCGAGCGAGUGAGCUUUCGAUGCAAUUAUGCAUGUAUAGAAGCAUCAAUAGCGCUCAUUAUUGGCCUUCCAAACCUAAAGAUAUUUAAUCUUUCACAUUGUAUUUUUACGGAAAAUACCGGAACUGGUAGGUCGUGUAUAAUAGGAAUGAGACCUAGGGACGAACUUGUACAAGCCGGCACUAAAAAGCUUGUCAGGUUUAUGGUGUGUUGUUCGGACUGCACAAUUUGCCAGGACGUAUGGAAACACGCGAAUAAUCCAAACUGUUACGGGCUCGAGUUUCGUUAUGUUAAGGAAGAACGGUGGAAAACAGAUGAGAUAAAAGAACUAGAGUUAUGA